GCGUUCACUUCACACAGGUCCUUCUCUGCCUGAGGGAACCGCUCACCGGACACACGACUCCAUACAUCCUCAGCGUCUUUGUAUUUACCUUCGUGAAAGCCUUGCGUGUUUCAAGUGCACUCCAGGCGGGCAGGCAUGUCGGUCUCAACCUCCCCGCCUCCCCCGGCGGAGGCUGUGGGAACCGAGGGUUGUUUGUUCCCCGGAUACAAGCCUUUCAAACCCGAAGAGCACGGCCUGGAGCGCGGGUUCCGUCUCACAGCCUUCUCGGACCUAAAGGGAUGAGGCUGCAAGGUCCCGCAGGAGGCUCUGCUCAAACUCCUGGCGGGACUGGAGCAGGACCGGGCCGACGGGAUAGGCAAGGCCGGAGACCAAGUGUCAGACUUCGGCCAGCAGCUGCCCGGCCCUCGGCUCGGUAUAGGAAUGGACUGCUGUGUGAUUCCUCUGAGACAUGGAGGACUCUCACUGGCCCAGACCACAGAUUUCUUCUACCCUCUGGUGGAGGAUCCAUAUAUGAUGGGAAGGAUAGCAUGUGCUAACGUCCUCAGUGAUCUUUACGCCAUGGGCAUCACAGAGUGUGACAACAUGCUGAUGCUGCUGAGUGUCAGCCAGAAGAUGAACGACAAGGACCGUGAGCGCGUGAUGCCGCUGAUCAUCCGAGGCUUUCGUGAUGCGGCGGAGGAGGGCGGGACCUCUGUGACAGGUGGCCAGACGGUGGUCAACCCCUGGAUCAUCGUAGGAGGAGUAGCAUCAGUCGUCUGCCAACCCAACGAGUUUAUCAUGCCAGAUGGUGCGGUCCCAGGCGACGUCUUGGUUCUAACGAAACCUCUGGGGACGCAGGUGGCUGUCAACGCUCACCAGUGGCUGGAUCAGCCUGAGAGGUGGAACAAGAUCAAACUCGUUGUCACCAAAGAGGAAGUUAAAGAGGCCUAUCAGGAAGCCAUGUUCUCCAUGGCAACGCUCAAUCGCACAGCGGCUGGCCUAAUGCACAAGUUCCAGGCCCACGCAGCCACAGACGUGACGGGUUUCGGGUUGUUGGGGCACGCCAACAACCUGGCAGCACAGCAACGCAACGAGGUGGCCUUCGUCAUCCACAACCUACCAAUCAUAGCCAAGAUGACGGCCAUCAGCAAAGCCUGUGGGAACGCAUUCAACCUGGUUCAGGGCUCAUCGGCUGAGACAUCCGGUGGGCUCCUGGUCUGUCUUCCCAGAGAGCAGGCGGCCAAGUUUUGCUCCGAGAUGAAGAGCCAGAGCUCGGGAGCUGGGGGCCAGGGGGCGGCAGGCGGGGCUUGGAUCAUCGGCAUCGUGGAGAAAGGCGACCGCCGCGCUCGCAUCAUCGACAAACCCCGCAUCAUCGAGGUCCCGCCGCGAGGAAGCCAAUCGGCAAACCAGGACAACAGCUCCAGCAGCCCCGCUCCAGGAACCACCUUGUCAUAGACACUGGCGCCCCUUUGACACUGUGUGUGUGUGUGAGAGUGUGAGAAUGUGAGAAUGUGUGAGAGUGUGUUGCCUUCCACUUCAUCCCCCUUUUCAGUCAAAAGGCUGAGAGCACACAGACCAAAAUCACUGUCAUCUUUUCUUUCCAGUGGGGGAGGAAGUGGACAGCAGGCAGUUAUUUAUCAAAAGCAAAAGGCCUUCACCACUUUGGAAUGAAAUGUAAAUUAAUUCAGGAUAAUCAGCUGUACACCCACACCCAUCUUUUUAUUUUAUUUUAUUUAGAUCUGCAAUCCUUACCUUUUUUUCUAAUCCAUAGAGAUGAGUUUGUAUAUUUUAUCUUAAUGACUUUCACAUGUAAAGAGAAAACAUUCCAAAUAAUUCUGGCCAACUUCAGCAAAUAAUGAAGUGUGUGUGAGAUGAUUU